GACCUCCUUGCAAUGGAGUCUUCACUUCUGGCAUUCUAUCAUGCCCAGCUCAUGAAUGCUUUCGAAGAGUUCGGAACUGGUGGCGAUUUCCCACUGACGCUGCUGCUCGCACACUAUGCGUUGGCGCGCUGUGACUACAUGCGCUACAUGCUGGGCCGCGGUUGGACGGCCUGUGCCGCCGGGGACGCCCGUUUGAUCGCGGCUGUGGACGCGGACCUUUGCCGUAUUGAUGGCGGUCAAGUGCUGACUAGUGAAGGCUACGAGAAGGCCAUUGCAGCUUUGCUCGCGGAAAGUGCCUGA